AUGUCUUCCUCAUUGAAACCACUCUCCAUAUUCCCCCAGUACUACUCUUGUUCAUCCUUACUCCUUUCUUUUCAUUUCCGUGUUUUUGCUUUCCAUGCAACUUCUUUUGCUGCUUUUCAAAAGGAAGUAGAACAAGGGGCAGGAAGCGUUGUCAAUAUUAGCUUUACAGAUUCCGGUUUGAAAGGUACGCUUCAGAGUCUCAGCUUCUUGUCCUUUCCCAAUCUCAUGAAGCUUAAUCUCCGCAACAACUCACUUUAUGGUGCCAUUCCUUCACAAAUUAGUAAUCUUUCCAAGCUCACCAUCCUUGACUUGUCGUACAAUAAUAUCUCUGGAAAAAUUCCAUCGGGGAUAAGCUCACUGGCAAGUCUUAGCAUAUUUUCCCUAGCUGUCAACCAUUUCAAUGGCACCAUCCCCCCAGAAAUUGGCUUUCUUACAUCACUUUCUGGGGUCUUUUUUCAUGAAAAUCAUCUUACAGGCUCAAUCCCUGCUUCAAUGGGAAAUUUGGGCAACUUAACUGAUCUUUACCUCAAUGGUAACCUCCUUUCUGGCUCCAUACCACCAGAGGUUGGAAUGAUGAGAUCUCUUAGCUUGCUAGAUGUGUCGAGAAAAAACUUUAGCGGUGCACUUCCUGCAUCCAUCGGAAACUUAAGCAACUUGGUGUAUCUGUACCUUUCCUAUAAUGAACUCUCUGGUUCCAUCCCAAAGGAAUUAGGAAUGCUUAGAAAUCCUUACACGCUUCAGCUUUCAAGCAAUAAUAUGGUUGGUACAAUCCCUGCCUCCAUAGCAAACCUGAGCAACUUAUAUAGUCUUUGCUUGGAUGGUAACAAUUUUGCCGGUGUCAUACCUCAUGAAGUUGAAAUGUUGACGUCACUCACUGUCCUUGAACUGCAGUACAAUAAUCUUACCGGUGCAAUCCCAAGUUCUAUAGGAAACCUGACAAAGCUAUCAACUCUAAAUCUUGCCUACAACCAAAUUUUUGACAAUAAUCUUGCCGGUGCAAUCCCAAAUUCUAUAGGAAACCUGACAAAGCUAUCAACUCUAAAUCUUGCCUACAACCAAAUUUUUGGUUCCAUACCUAAAGAAGUUGGAAUGUUGACGUCACUCACUAAGCUUGAUUUGCAGUCCAAUAAUCUGACUGGGGCAAUCCCAGCUUCAAUUGGAAACUUAAGAUACUUAUCUUCUCUCUACCUCCGUACUAAUUAUCUUUCUGGAACUCUCCCUUCAAAGAUGGACAAUCUUACUCUCUUAAUUUCAUUUCAAAUAUCUGACAACCGAUUGAUGGGCCAUUUACGUGAAGGUAUAUGCGUUGGUGGAAAACUUCUGUAUGUCGCUGCAGAAGGAAACAAUUUCACGGGCCCUAUCCCAAGAAGCCUGACAAAUUGUAGCAGCUUGUUGAGACUUCGCCUUGAGAGAAACCAACUCACAGGAAAUGUAUCUGAAGAUUUUGGUUUUGGUGCAUAUCCUCACCUGAACUUUUUGGAUUUGAGCGAUAACCAAUUAUAUCGCGAGUUUUCAUGGAAAUGA